CGCCGCUCGCCUAUGUUGACGUUUACAAACCCAAACCUAACCCAACUUGCGCGAAAAGUCAACCCCUGCAAUUUCCAUCCGCAGACCUGGCUAUAAAUACCAAAAAUUUCCCGGAAAAACUGAAUUCAGCAUGGAAAAACAGCCCGACUUGGAGGCAAAGUAUCAGCGACUGGCCACGGAAUACUCCAAGGUGCGAUCGCAGGCCACUGUGUUGAAGAAAGCCGUGCUGGAAGAGCAGGCAAAGAGCCUGGAACUGCGGGAAACCAUCCGGAAGCAUGAGCAAACUGUCAGGAAGCAUGACCAGGAAAUGGAAAGCCUGACGUUUCGAAACGAGCAGCUGACCAAGCGAAUCUCAGUGUUGCAACAGGAGCUCCAAACGAACAGCAACAGUAAAAAGGGCAAACCCAAACCGACGGACAACAAUGUUGCUGCGGAUGUGGGAAUUCUGGAUGAAGAGUUCCACAGGAAGAUUGUAGAAAAUGCACAACUACUCAGUAGCAUAUCAGAUAAGGAUCUAGAAAUAGCCAGUUACCGGGACCGAAUAGAAUGGCUGGAAGACAAGCUAGCGAACAUAGAAAAAGAAUUAGGCAAUAGAGAUGCACUGAACAGGGCCAAGCUGGAUCGGCUGCAGACGGAGAACGAAGCCCUCAGUAGUAGAAUAAAGUCGGCCUACAGCGAAAGAAGCGCCCCAAGCAACGACAGUGCCGAAAAGAUCUCAUACUGGAAGGCUGAGGCUGAGAAACUCAAAGCAGAAUGUGAUAUUUUAAGGAGCAAACCGACAUCCAAUGAAAAGCUGACAGAGUACUAUGAAUCUCAAUUAAGGGAAAUGCUGGAAAUCAAAACCCUGUCGCUAGCUGAGAGCAAAUCUUUAUCUGCAGAAAAUCAAGCUCUCAAAGCAAGAUUAGAGCACGCAAUUAGCGAACAAAGUGAGCUCCAGAAAAACCUCGAUACCAGCCAUGAGGAAUUGUUAACAACAAAUCAAAACUACCGCAGCCAACUGGACGCGAUGACCGAACAUUUGGCGGCCCAAAACGAGAAAAUCACUCAGCAGAGCGACGAAAUUGAAAUUCUAAAGCACAAACUGGCAACCAAAAAGUAACCACUUUGCAACUAAUGGAGAAAUCGGUGCAAUAAUUUGAUCGUUUUCCUUGCUCUACCGUUUAAAACUAGUGCAUUAUCAACAUUCCUUUCUAACACCUCAAUUGCUUUAAUUUUUAUAGUUUAUUGUACAUAGUGUAUUUUGAAAUUGUGAUAAAUAGCACUGUAAAAAUCAAGUAUUGGAAAGAAUCUGCAAGGCGAUUCCACGCUAAACAAAAACUUUAUUUGAAUAAAUAUUAUUCACAGCUCUA